UUACGAUUCCCACCCAAAAAAAAAGGCAAGAAAACAGAGCCACCCUUUUCUCAAAAAGUUUGAAUCUUGAUAGAAACAAAGCGCAGGUAGACCCAUACGCUCCCAACCCACCACCCCACGCUGCAUCCAAUUCAAUAUUCUCCAUUUAUUUGCUGUUUUUGUUUUCUUUAAUCCGUCGCUUUGCCUUGAAGACUGAAGAGUCCGCAAACCGACUUGUAUUUUUUUUUUGGGGGGGUUUUUUAAUCUGAACUUUCCGUUCACGCAUCUCUUUUGAACACUCAAUCAACUCAUUCACUCUUCCUCCAAGCUUUGGACUUUCAGCAAUGGCUUCUUUAACCCCGAUUUCGCAAUCCCAAUCACUUUUCAACAAAAACCCGUUCAAGUUGCCCCCAAUUUUGGGCUCCGAUUUCUUUCCGAAGAAGUUCUCUUUUUCGUUUCUGAGGAUGAACUCCGGAGUGCCCACCAACGCGGCGGCGGUGGCCGGGGUGGUUUCGGCCACCACGGCGGAGAAGGCGAAGAAGAGGUACCCCGGGGAGGCGAAGGGGUUCGUGGAGGAGAUGAGGUUCGUGGCGAUGAAGUUGCACACCAGGGACCAAGCUAAGGAGGGGGAGAAGGAGGUGAAGGAGCCGCAGGAGGGGCCGGUGGCUAAGUGGGAACCAACCGUGGAUGGGUAUUUGAAGUUUUUGGUGGAUAGCAAGUUGGUUUACGAUACCCUUGAAGGGAUUGUUGAAAAAGCCCCCUUUCCUUUUUACGCUGAGUUCAGAAAUACUGGAUUGGAAAGGUCUGAAAAGUUGGCGAAAGAUUUGGAGUGGUUUAAGGAGCAAGGGUAUGCCAUACCAGAACCUUCUGCUCCGGGUGUAACCUACGCAGAGUAUCUUAAGGAACUGUCGGAGAAGGAUCCUCAAGCAUUUAUUUGCCACUUCUACAACAUAUACUUUGCUCAUUCGGCUGGUGGUCGAAUGAUUGGGAAAAAGGUGGCGGAAAUGAUACUUGACAAAAAGGAAUUGGAAUUCUACAAAUGGGACGGCGAGCUUCCUCAACUGUUGCAGAAUGUACGGGAGAAGUUAAAUAAAGUUGCAGAGAGCUGGACGAGGGAGGAGAAGAACCACUGCUUGGAAGAAACCGAGAAAUCGUUCAAACAUUCGGGAGAGAUUCUGCGUCUUAUAUUGUCAUGAUGCCACCUGAUAUGAUUGUACUGCCACUGUUGUAAUCUUGGAAACUUUGUCUGUGAAGACAUGAGGUUACAAUUACUGUGUUUAAAGCAAAAAACAAUUGUGAAAUUGUAAAUGAGAUAUCGCCUAUGCCUUUUUAUUUAAGGAAAAAUAAUGAAAAUGGUUUGAAAA